ACACUCCACUGUCACUGAAACGUCAAAUAGGUUAUGUUUGUAUAAGGUAAAAAUUGUGUUUAAUUUAAAAAAUAUAUAAUAAUUCUGUGAUAAAAGCCAUUUAAAAAUUAAAGACAAUCUAAUUGUAUAUCACAAAUUUAGCGUUAUUAAUAACUUUGAACGUGAAUGCAUCCGCAAUGACGUUCUAUUUUCAGACUGAAAUAUUUAAAAUGGAUUGUGGCCAAAGGUUAAAUUUCUUAUGAGUUUUGAUAUGAAGUAACAGUGCAUUUGGUAUAGGCCGGCCCUCCUCCGUCUGUGUUGUUUGAUAUGGAUGAAUUUAAGCUAAGAGCGGGAGAAAAAAUCGGAGCUUUACAUGAAGCAGCUGUAGUAGCUGCUAAUAGCAGCAAAAAUAGAUUUCAGGAUGUAUUCAAUCAUACAGCAGAUGCAAUCAGAAGAAUCCGAGAAGCUUUCUUUGAUUUAUGGGACAAUGAACUGGUGACGGAGGGCAGGGCUCGGGCUCUGGCAUGGGCGCGGGAGGCCGCCCGCAGGAUACAAGAGGGUGCUCCACCGCUCUCUCCCAUGAUACUGUACGAGGAACUGGUGACCCUUUUGAAAGAUCAUGUAUGGCGUCGGAGUAUGAUAAUCUUCGUCUGCGGUGCGGCGGUCGGUGGAAGCGCAGGUCUGGUCAUAGGACUUCGAGCGAGUGCCCGAGUGCCGAGCGGACCGCAUGCCAGGGCGCUCCACACGCAGACCGACCAAACCGUCAUCCUGGUAGAAGAUGCCGUAUCACCAGGCGCCGGCGCGGGGGAGGUGCUGGUGCGGGUGCAGGCGUUCAGCGUGUCGGCGGCGGACCGCAGCGUGCUGCGCGGCCGCGCGUCGGCGCUGCGCUCGCUGCUGGCCGCCUCGCAGGUCACCGUGGGGAGAGGCUUCGCGGGUGUAGUGCUCGACGUGGGACAAGGCGUAAACGACUUGGAAAUGGGUGACGAGGUGUGGGGCUGCAUCAGCGAGUGGAGCGGAGGCGCCGCCAACGAGCUGCUCGCUAUUAGAAGCACACGAGUGAGCAAGCGUCCGCGCCACCUCGCCGCGGACUCGGCGGCCGCGCUGCCCUGGGCGGGCUCGCUGGCGCUGGCGGCGCUGCGGCGCGUGCAGUACCGACCGGACUCCAGCAAGGGGAAGCGGGUGUGCGUGGUGGGCGCGGCGGGCGGGGAGGGCUGCGCGCUGGUGCAGCUGCUGGCCGCCUGGGGCGCGCGGGUCACGGCCGCCGCGCCGCGGAGGGCGCAUCGCGUCUUAAAGGACCUCGGUGCACACGAGCUGGUUGACUUGGAGAGCAACGCGCACGCGAGUCCGUCGUGGCUGUCUUUAGAACAAUACGCGAGUCGCCGCGGCCCGUGGGACUGCGCCCUAUGCUGCUCGGGUGCUCCACCUCCACCCUCACCCGCGGCUUCUGCGCUGCUCAAAGCAACUGCACCACGAUACGCUUUGUUGGAUAUUCGACCGAAGCCCUUACUGACUGACCGCUUGCCAACACCCUUCUGGGUGAUAUUCUCGGCUUCCUUUUACACCUUUAGGUUUUUGAGGUGGAUAACGGGGUGCGGAACCCACACAGACUGGUUGGAGGAUAAGAAUCAACUCCGGGAAGGUCUCGACAAUCUUCGACUUCUCGUCGAUUCUGGUCAGCUUUCACCUGUGCUCGAUAAGGUGUACCUUCCUCAGGACUUUGAGUCCGCACUGGCGCACGCAUGCGGAGACGACGCCGUCGGAACGUCCGUGGUAAGAUUCCCGUAGACUUCAAAAGUAUAUUACAAGAAAUAACGCUCAAAAUAUCAAAUGUCAUCCAAAUUGUCACAGAUUAAAAUUGUUGGAACGAAGUUCUUUUAGGCACCCUAUAGUGAACUGGCAGAAACAAAAUGUCACCAGGCGACCUUUCCAUCUCUUGCUUUUAAAUACGGUUUUAUUUAAACUGAUUUUUGUUAUUGUGUUAUAUUUCUUGUCAUUUAUAACGUUACCGUUGUUAAUUUAUUUUAUUGUGCUCAUUAUAUAAUACACAGCAAGAGAAACUUCGUUCCAACCCGGUGUCCCACGACACCUCACGUUUUUUUCCUAUUUACUCUGUGAUUUUGAACCAAUAAAAAUUAUAGUCAUAUACGUAAUUAUACAAUGUUUUUGUUGUCUGUUAAUAAGUGGUUUACAAACUAUCCAAUUAAAAUUUAUGUAUUAAAAAAUGAGAACUGUCUGUCGU